AUAAAAAUAAUAAUAAUAAUAAUAACGUUUAAUAUAGUAAUAUGCUAGAUAUUGUUAUAAUACAAUUUCAGAUAGUAAAAGUUUGUUGUUGUUUUGUUUUGUUUUCUGGAGCCUGUGUGUAGUUAUUUCUCUUAGUACCCAAAAUCUCUCAUUGUUUUUUCCUCCAUGUUUAAUUUCUUACUACAGUUAAACUGUUGCAUGUGUUACAGACACUUUGUUACCAUUACAUUGUUGAGUAGGAUUCUGCCCUACAAUGUUCAAAUAAUUAGUGUGUGUGUGUGUGUGUGUGUGUGUGAAAAUCAUCAGUGUAGGAAAUCAUGGGAGAAAUAAGUUAGAUAUGUAAGCAUAUAUAUAUAUACAGCAUAGCAGGCUGCAAUACUGAUGAUAUGCAGCAUUAUUAAUACUGAUCGCACAUUACUUCACAGUUAUCACAGUUAUUUUUUUGUUUUGUUUUUAUUUAGUUAGUUAGGCAGUUGGAGUCAGAAGGUUCCUACUCAAAUAUUUGUGUAUUUGUGUCCCCUCCAUGCGCGUUUUCCGAAUGUAAACAGACCCCUGUGUUCGCAAUAAACAGGACAUUCUCAAAGUUAACUAAUCCUGAUAGACAAAAGCAGCCUCAUUACUUACCUCCGGGGUGCAAGAUUAGUGCUUGUGUUUGCAGCGAUUAUCAUGUCAACACCUGUGCAUAUUAAAAUACUUUAAAUCUCACAUUAGCCAUGCAGCUCUUUUACGCAUUCCACUUUUCUUUAACGGGAAAUGAUUCCAACAAUUCCUGCAAUGUUACACUUCGCCUAUAAGAGUAAAUAGGAAUGGCUGAUUUGUUAUAGUGACGUUGCUUUGGCCGUGAGAGGCGUCUGCGAUUGGGGAGAAGGCCAUUAGGCGCUAAGCCUCAGGAUAAACAGACAAUUAGGCCAAGUGAAUUCACUUGUUUGUAGCAUUAAUUACACGCUUUGUGCAAACAAAAAGGCCAUGUAAAAGAAUGCUAUUGGACUCAGGCUUGGCAAUCCGAUCUUGUCUCCCUCCUUGGUAACUUUUAUUUAAAUUUAUAUUUAGAUAGUUAUCGCUUCAAUUACAGACUGAAUUUUCAAGUGAUGUCCUCGAGGGUUUUUGUUUUAUUAUGGAGAUGUGCGUCAUGUAGACUACGUAGCAUUUCUGAGAGUUAAAUUGGAAAAUAAUAAUAAUAAUAAUAAUGUGGGAUUAUGAUUUUCUGGACAACGGCACUUGUAAAAAAAAUUAUUCUGUUUUGCAAACUGGUCAGUAUUUUAAAACUUUGAUUAAGAUAUUUUGGAGUUAAUAUGCCUAGGACAUUUUACCUUAACUACAUCCCCAGUAUCUCAGCUAACAGCACAAUUUAUUUUACUCUUGGUUCAGACAGCCUUUCAGUCUUCACCAGACGCCUUGAAGCGCAUCGCUUCGCUUUCUUUAGCAGUGUGAUAGUAAAAGAACACACACCAGCUCCUCCUGCGCUACUGUGCUGCGCGGCGCGUAAACGGAAGAGCGGCGGCUUCUGAUUGGCGCAUCGAGCGGAGCCAAAAGCUGUGGAGGCUAAUGACUGGCACUGCUUGACAGUGAUUGGCAGGGGCUGCCAUGACAACCACAGCACGACACCAGGAAGACCAAUAGAAAAGCGAAACAAAAUGUUUCAACGUUACACUUGAGUCUGAUUAAGGGUAGACAUUACAGACUUUACGCGGCCGAGCGGUAGAACGGCGAAAACUGCGGAAACGGCGAGUUGUUAAUCUCGCAUCUUUUCUUUCUUUCUUGUUGGUCUGUCUCCGGCCGGUCACUCCAUGGUUUUCAGGUCUCCGUUAGAGCUUUACCCCUCUCACCUGUUCCUCCCGAACUUCGUGGAUCGCCCUCUGCUCCUAGCGGCCAGCCUCCCUCGCCCGAGGUCCCCGGACGAUCCGGCCAUGUUCCAGCUGCCCACACUGAGCUUCACGGCCGAGCAGGUGGCCAGCGUGUGUGAAACCCUGGAGGAGACGGGUGACAUCGAGCGCCUCGGCCGGUUCCUGUGGUCCCUGCCGGUGGCGCCAGGCGCAUGCGACGCCAUCAACAAGCACGAAGCUAUCCAGCGAGCACGCGCCGUGGUCGCCUACCACACGGGCAGCUUCCGAGAGCUCUACCACAUCUUGGAGAAUCACAAGUUCACCAAGGAAUCGCACGGCAAGCUGCAGGCCAUGUGGCUCGAAGCUCACUACCAGGAGGCCGAGAAGUUGCGCGGACGCCCACUCGGACCCGUCGAUAAGUACCGUUUGCGCAAGAAGUUUCCACUGCCGCGUACCAUCUGGGAUGGCGAGCAGAAGACGCACUGCUUUAAGGAGCGGACGCGCGGCCUUCUGCGGGAGUGGUACCUGCAGGACCCGUACCCCAACCCGAGCAAGAAGCGCGAGCUGGCGCAGGCCACCGGACUCACCCCCACCCAGGUGGGCAACUGGUUUAAAAACCGACGGCAACGAGACAGAGCCGCCGCCGCCAAGAACAGGCUGCAGCAGCAUGCCCUGGCUCAGAGUGCUCUCCGCUCGGUCUCGGGUCCCGGGUGCGCGCAGCGCGCCUCCGCCUCCCCCAGCAGCGCGAGCGUGUGCAGCGGCGAGCGGCCCGACCCCGGCACUGUGCUCUCCGUCACCGACAGCGACUCGGACUUCGACGUAUGACACAACGGCGUUUGACAACGUGGAAAUUUGGACCUGAAAAUAAAUAAAUAAAAAAAUAAUAAUAAUAAACUGCAAACUGACAGCGUGGGUAGCGGCCAUUUUGGCCUUUGCCGUUGUUCGUCACAUGGAGAAAAGCAUGCAGUUUUUCCAAGCGCUUCAGUGGACAGACACGCUCUUUCUCUCAUCUCCCUUUUGCAUGGUCAUUUGUGAAUAUUUCUGGACGGUUAUGGAAAAGCACUAGGAGGAUGAAUUGUAUAGAGACGCCAUUUGACCUCUUUUCUGCUCCUGUACCCCCCGCAAAGCGGACUGUUUGAGUUUUGUAUUUAUCAGACAAUCGUGGAAGUCAAAAGCACCUUUACGCCGUCUUCUCUGGCUUGACAGCAGAUGUUCAAAGUUUGAGUUUAUCUCGAGAUUUUAUAUUGAAUUAUCAGUGUAUGAUGCGUUUUUUCUCUCUUUGGUCUAGGCUGUGCUAGAUAUGCUUGUAUAAUAAUGCAGUUACGCCAUCCUACAGCAUCUUUCCUUAUUUUGUGUCCUUCAGAUGUCAAAGUGUCUGUAAAGUGCUUUGAGAUUUUUAAUAUCUGCUCAUUUGUUCGUUUUUAUACUGUAAAUGGGUUAAUGGCUCUGAAAACGCAGUGUUAUGGGUCACUUUUAUGCAAAUAAAUAUAA